AUGAUUGAGGAGUACGACGUGAUCGUGCUGGGCACUGGCCUGACGGAAUGUAUCCUGUCAGGUAUAAUGUCAGUGAAUGGGAAGAAAGUUAUUCACAUGGAUAGAAACCUGUAUUAUGGACGAGAGAGUGCAUCUAUAACACCACUGGAAGAUUUAUACAAAAUAUUUAAGAUACCCGGAGCUCCACCAGCAUCCAUGGGCAGAGGAAGAGACUGGAAUGUUGACUUAAUCCCCAAGUUCCUUAUGGCAAAUGGUCAGCUGGUUAAGAUGCUGCUUUUUACGGAGAUCACUCACUAUCUGGAUUUCAAAGUGACUGAAGGGAGCUUUGUUUAUAAGGGAGGAAAGAUCUACAAGGUUCCUUCCACUGAAGCAGAAGCCCUGGCAUCUAGCCUAAUGGGGCUGUUUGAAAAAUGUCGAUUCAGAAAAUUCCUGGUAUAUGUUGCCAACUUUGAUGAGAAUGAUCCUCGAACUUUUGAGGGCAUUGAUCCCAAGAAGACAUCAAUGAGAGAGGUGUAUAAGAAAUUCAACUAG